AUCUUAACCGACUUGGUUCAAGGUGAAUUCAUGCAGCUGGGCUCGAGGGAAACGGAGAAUGAGCGUUUCGCGCACUAUCUGACCAAGACAUACAGGAAGACCGCAUCGCUGAUUGCCAAUGCACUGAAGGCGACCGCCGUUAGCCAGGCCGAUGAUAAUGUUGCGGAGGUGGCAUUUCAAUAUGGACGUAAUAUUGGCCUGGCCUUCCAGCUGGUGGACGAUAUGCUGGACUUCGUCUCUUCCACGGAGCAAAUGGGCAAGCCAACGGCAGCUGACUUAAAACUGGGCCUGGCCACAGCGCCGGUUCUCUUUGCAUGCGAAAAGUAUCCCGAGCUCAAUCCGAUGGUUAUGCGUCGCUUCAGCGAGCCGGGCGAUGUGGAGCGGGCCUUUGAGUUGGUUCAUAAAUCACACGGACUCGAGCAGACGCGUUUCCUGGCCAAGAAGCACUGCAAUGAAGCGAUACGGCUGGCACAGGAGCUGACGGAGUCCCCCUACCAGAAGGGCCUACAGGUUGUCGCCGACUUAGUCAUCAAUCGCAUGAAGUAGGAGUCAUCCAGCAUACAUACACAUAUACAAAUUAAUAUAUAUACACAUGUAAUAUUAAGUUAGAAGCAGGCAGGCAACACGUAAUGAAUGCUAGAUAAGUCAGCAAAUGAGAGAAGCAAGCAAACAUUUGUAAAAAGAAACUAGAAAAUCUACAAAACACAGAAGCAAAAAAAAACAAA